CCGGGCGGCCCCGGCGACUGCGUACUGGCUGUGGGAUGGGAAGUGAAGCCACAGCGAGCGGCAGCGGCCGGGCUGUAAGGAGCAGCCUGGGGGUGGCGGCAGCGGCUGGCCGGUGAGCUGCCGAGAAGAGACCAGCUAGGGCAGAGCACCUGCAGGCGCGGGCGGCGGCUUCACCAUGGCGAUUCGCAGGAAGAGCACCAAGAGCCCCCCGAUCCUGAGCCAUGAAUUCAUCGUGCAGAAUCACGCGGACAUCGUCUCCUGUGUGGCGAUGGUCUUCCUGCUGGGGCUCAUGUUCGAGGUAACAGCAAAAGCUGCUAUCAUUUUUGUUACUCUCCAGUACAAUGUUACCCUCCCUGCAACGGAAGAACAAGCUACUGAAUCAGCGUCUUUUUAUUACUAUGGUAUCAAAGAUUUGGCUACAAUUUUCUUCUACAUGCUAGUGGCGAUAAUUAUUCAUGCCAUAAUUCAAGAGUAUGUGUUGGAUAAAAUUAACAGGCGAAUGCACUUCUCCAAAACAAAACACAGCAAGUUUAAUGAAUCUGGUCAGCUUAGUGCAUUCUACCUAUUUUCUUGUAUUUGGGGCACAUUCAUUCUAGUAUCUGAAAACUACAUCUCAGACCCAACUAUCUUGUGGAGGGCUUAUCCCCCUAACCUGAUGACAUUUCAGGUGAAGUUUUUCUACAUAUUACAGUUGGCUUACUGGUUUCAUGCUUUUCCUGAGCUCUACUUCCAGAAAACUAAAAAAGAGGAUAUUCCUCGGCAGCUUGUCUACAUCGGUCUGUACCUCUUUCACAUUGCUGGAGCUUAUCUUUUGAACUUGAAUCAUCUAGGACUUGUUCUUUUGGUGCCGCAUUAUUUUGUUGAAUUUCUUUUCCACAUUUCUCGCCUGUUUUAUUUCACCGAUGAAAAGUACCAGAAAGGAUUUUCUCUGUGGGCAGUUCUGUUUGUUUUGGGAAGACUUCUGACUUUAAUUCUCUCGGUACUCACUGUUGGCUUUGGCCUUGCAAGAGCAGAGAACCAGAAGCUGGAUUUCAGUACUGGAAACUUCAAUGUGUUGGCUGUAAGAAUUGCUGUCCUGGCAUCCAUUUGCAUUACCCAAGCAUUCAUGAUGUGGAAGUUCAUUAAUUUUCAGCUUCGGAGGUGGAGGGAACAUUCUACUGUUCAGGCACCAACUGCAAAGAAGAAACCAACAGUGACAAAAGGCAGAUCUUCUAGAAAAGGAACAGAAAAUGGUGUAAAUGGAACAUUAACUUCAAAUGGAGCAGACUCUCCCCGUAAUAGAAAAGAGAAAUCUUCAUAAUGAAUUACAAUCUAAUUGAUUAAUGUCCCCAAAGAAACCUGCUUUUUACUCUAUCUUUCAACACUAGAGGUUUUCUUUUUCUGUUUUUAAGAUGCAGUCUGUGCUCCUUGGUUCUUGCUAUUGUACUGUUUCCUGCAUUUUUUAAAGGGCAGUUGAGGGUGGAUAAUUACUAUGAGUGAAAAAAAUAUUUGAGCUUCAACUAAGCUACUUGCCUUUAAAACAGUUUAGGGACCACCACCAUAUUUUACUUUGUUUCUUUUUAUCUUUGAACAUUUUUCUAAUGAUUUGGAAAGAUAACUAUUUACAAAAAUUCUACAUAUCAAUGAUACGAUUUCUUGCUCUCACUGAUUUUUUUACAUUACCACGAUGGCCUCUUCCAGCUAGGUCAUAUUUUUUAAGUUAUCUUUCAGGGUAAAAUGGAAAUAAUACAAGGUUGGAUGUCAAACUUUAAUAUGUUUUCAGUGUUCUCUAAUUUUUAGGAAUUUUUGUAGCCUUUGCACCAGGGAAAAAAAAGAUUUGUAAAUUCGCCAAAAUAAUAGUGUGCGUUAGUUUAUAGGUAAUGGUUGUUAGUGUUACAUCCCAUAUUUUUAAGGGGGAGAAAACAUACCAUUGGUUACAAUGUGGAGAUUUAUUGCCAUAUUUGUUGAAUCAAAAUGUACUUGUGAAGUAAAAUCUUUCUUGUGCAUUUGCAACACUUGUAAACAGGAAAUCAGAAAAUUAAAUAUUUAAAGAAAAAAUCGAAUGUAGCCCUUUUUGAUAUGUUUAUUAAUAAUGAUCCUUAAUGGGGCUUAUUGAUAAAUUCGAUAUGCACAUCAUCUUAGAAAAAACAUUGUUUAACCUGCAAACCCUUUUUAAAAAUAAUGCCUACUUGAUUUAUAUCUAUAAAAAGAAUGUCAGGUCAUUAUAUUUGGAAACCAUUUAAUGCACUAACCUUAAAGAAAUUGAAAAUUCAGGUGGAUAAAUAGUCUUUAAAAAAAGACAGUGCUUUAUGUUAUAACUAUAGCUUUGGUCCCGUCUUUAAUUGAGAAACAUUUAUCUGUAUAAAACAUAUUUUUGGAUAAAUAUAUAUAUAUAUUUGUAUCUCUACAGAAAGGCUCUAAGAAACAUUUGAGUAAAACAUCUGGUUCUCUUUUCUAUAAUUAUCCUUUAAAACCCUUAUGGCUGUAUUCGUUCUGUUGUUGUGGUUCUCUUUCCGGUGCACACGUUGCUCCUUUCGGUGUUCCCACCUUGUUCCUCACCUCUCACUCUGGUCACCAGCUCUUUUUGUGCUGUUCUGAGCAUCAAAGGUGCAGGCCUAUUGGGUUUGCAGUGUAAGAAGUCACCAUGCUGCUAAAGUCGUGCUUUCUAUUUCCAGCUGUGUACCUACAUCCUGGAGAGAGCAGUGGCUCUCUGGAGCAUCAUGGAGUUCGGAACCAAAUUUGUGCCAUUAAAAACUGGCAUUAUAUUGAACCAUUCAUUGAGAGAUCAAUAAAAAUAAAAAUUUUUACUUUUACAAGCUA